GCUUUGAACGAAACUUGACAUUUGUUUUCCAGCAUUCGAAAUGAGUCGAGCCGUCGUGCUAUCGUGUGCGCUGCUCGUGGUGCUCGCAGUGGCUGCGACCAGCGCCGAGGAUGGCGAUCUGGAUGCUCUCAUCAAUAGUUUGUUUACCUCAUCGCCGGGUACGGUGAUCGCUUCAAGUACGGCUUCCCCACCCCGACCGACGUCCCCUCCGAUAGGAUCCCAGGCAGCAUGCGAGCGUGGACAACGUUGUGUUCAGAGGUAUCUCUGCACCAAUGAGUCAACCAGCGGGGCAGGGUUGAUUGAUAUUCGUUUCGAUGGUGACAAUCCUUGUGUGAAUUACUUAGCGGGGUGCUGCUAUGAAGAAGAUAUCAUCAGUGAAAUUCCUACGGUACCGGUUAUGGACAAUCCAACUUGUGGAAAGCGUAACCCUGAUGGUAUUGGAUUCCGCAUCGUGGGAGGCAAGGAUGAAUCCGAAUACGGAGAGUUCCCAUGGAUGAUCGCGGUAUUGCGACAGGAACAAGCAUUAGACCAGGUGGUAAAUGUGUUCCUGUGCGGAGGCUCUUUGAUACACCCUAGUGUUGUUCUAACGGCGUCGCAUUGCGUUCAAAACAAGUCACCAGCGCAACUGAAGAUUCGCGCUGGAGAAUGGGAUACUCAAACCAAGAACGAGGUCUACCCUCAUCAGGAUCGUCAAGUGGUCGAGAUCGUGAAUCACCCGGAAUAUUACAAAGGAGGGCUGUACAACGACAUUGCUCUGCUAUUCUUGGAUUCCCCUCUCCAAUUGGACGAGGGAAUUCAGACAGUAUGCUUACCCCCACCAAAUGCAAAGUUUGACCACACACGUUGUUUCGUUUCCGGCUGGGGAAAGGAUGUUUUCGGCAAGGCAGGAACAUAUCAGGCUAUACUGAAGAAAGUUGAACUACCGGUUGUGCCCAACGCACAGUGUCAGACAGCCCUGAGGUCAACUCGAUUGGGACCCAAGUUUGUGUUGCACAACAGCUUCAUGUGUGCCGGUGGAGAAGUCGGAAAGGAUGCAUGCAAAGGAGACGGAGGCUCUCCACUGGUGUGCCCCAUCCAAGGAUCCGCUCAGAGCUACCACCAGACCGGAAUUGUUUCGUGGGGCAUCGGCUGUGGUGAGACAACUCCAGGAGUGUAUGCUGACGUGUCCCACUUCCGAUCCUGGAUUGAUCAGCAGAUGCAAAGCCGACAUUUCGAUUUGAGUAGCUACACGCUGUCAUAAAAGUUAUCGAUUGAUAGUCUUCGACCUAGUUAUUUCGAACGGUUACUGUAUUCCUAUCUAAUGUUACACUUUCUCGAAUCAGUCGUUUGAUGACCUCGUACGUUAAGUUAUCAAUAUUGGUGUCAUCGCCGAACAAUAAACAUAAAAAAUACCAGCAAA